AUGCCUCUCGAAACAGUUGAUACUAUCGAAAGCACGCCCACGGUAUCCGCAUUCUUCUACGGGACGUUGAUGCACCCAAAGAUCCUCCGCCGCGUCAUUGGCAACAACGGGAAGCAUCUGCAGAUAUGUCCAGCAGUUCUCCUCGAUUACACGCGGCACCAUGUGAAGAACGCCGACUACCCAGGAAUCCUACCCUACGAACGCAGCAAGCAGGUCUUUGGACUUGAUUUAGGUGUGGAGGAAAGAUCGGUCAGGGGGACGAUGGUAGUCGGAUUAUCAUCGCAUGAUAUCGCUCUACUAGACGUGUUCGAAGGCAAUGAAUAUACUCGGGACGAGGUGUCCAUUCGUCCCCUCGGUCCCCUGACCGAAAUUCCAGACCUGCAGCCCACCGUACAAUACGACCUAGUGCCUACCAAUCCCCCACCACUUCCACAAGAUAUCUCUCAGCUCUCUCCGCCAGUGAAGGUUGAUACAUACGUCUACCGCAAUGCCACAGAUUUAGAUGCAGCGCUGUGGUCGUUCGAUGAUUUCGUGAAGCAAAAUGCUUGGAAAUGGACGGGGCAUGAAGAUAAACACGAUUUCUACACGGAAAUUGAUCGAAGGAACGAUGCAGCGAAUAAUAAGUAA